AUGAAGCUAUUUUAAUGGACAGUUGAGAAAAAUGAUAAUGUUCCCUUAUAUCCUACUUGCAGAGAAGGGCAUUCUCUAACAUACCUACCUCCUCAUAAAAAACUUCUCCUUUUUGCAGGAUAUUCAAACAUUAGAAAAAAUGAUUUAUUUUUUUAUGAUAUUCACAGAAAAACAUGGAAAUUACAAUAAGGAGAAGGACGCUCGCCAUCAAUAAGAUGCUUUCAUGAAUCAUUUUAUGAUUAAAAAAAUGAUUGCUUUUUUGUUUAUGGUGGCUAGGCAGAUAAGGGAAGAUCUUUGGGAGAUUUUUAUUUUUUAAAUAUUAAGACCAUGAUUUGGAAAAGGCUCUUCUUACUAGAUAGUCCUCCAACUCGUCACUCGCAUACAAUGACUGAUAUGUAAAAUGGAAAAAGAUAAAAAUUGCUAUUUGGAGGUAUAUGUCUCCCUGAAAAUACUUAUUAUAAUGAUGUAUGGGUUUUUGACUAUGAAAAUUUGCAAUUUAAUUCUAGUUUACCAGAUGUUUCAGGAGCUUUUUGGACAAAGAAAAUAUGUAAAGGAGAUAUUCCUACUGCAAGAAGAGGACACUGUGCGAUAACUGUUGAAGGUUGUCUAUAUUUAUUUGGAGGACGUACUAUAAGCGAUUCAGAUGAUACAUCAACUAUUUAUUCUCUUAAUUAUGAUACUUGGGUAUGGAGGAAAGUUAAAACGAUAGGCAAAGCCCCAUCACCAAGGAGCUUUUUUUCAGCAACUUAAUUUACAAAUAAUCGUUUAGUGAUUUUUGGAGGGAUUGAGAACUCUACAAAUACUCCUUUGAACGAAACUUAUAUUUUAUAACUUGAUGACUUUGUUUGGUCAGCACCAUUUACUGCAGGUAAAAAGCCUACUCCUCGCUUUAACCAUAGUGCUUGCUUUGUUAAGAAUGACUAUAAUGAGUGUUCUAUAAUUAUAUAAGGAGGUAUAGGAUAUACUUAUUGUUCUAUGGAAUUGAAUGUGCUUUCUGAAAUAGAUACAGAUUAGUAUGCUGAAUGGGAAAAAAUAUAAGAACCGUCAUAAGAAGAAAAAUUAACUAGCGAAUUAGCAGGCUUAACCAUUCUAGAUUAUAAAAGAUAGCUUCAUAAUUUAGAUGAGUUAAUCAGCUAGGAGAGAAUUAAAAGAGUUGAUUUACUGAAAGAAGAAAGCAGAAUUGAAGAUCAAAUGAUUUUGGCUGAAGAAAAAAACGAUAAAAUUCUAGGAGGAAUGAAAAAGUAAAUAUCAGAAUUAGAUAGCACAUUCAAUUAGAAUAGUGACUUAACAGAAAAAAUCAAUGAACUUAUAAAUCAAGAAAGGCAAUUGUAAGCCGAACUAAAUUAAAAAAUACUUGCUACUGAGAGCAGAGUGUCAUAAAUGUAAAGCCUAAACACAAACUUAGAUUAAUUGUUCUCCUCUCUAAAGAAAAACAGAUUUGAUGAGACUGACUACAGAGAGAACACUUUAAAAAAGCUACUUAACGAAACAAAAGAUGAAAUUAAGAAACAAAAAGAGUAAAAUAAAGAGUCUCUUUCCAAAACAAAGAGACACAAUGAUAAAAUUAAUAAAUUCUUAGAAUAAAUAAAUAUGCAACUACAAAUUCAUGAAAAAGAAGUAGGUUAAAUUAACGAAGAAGAUGAAGUAUUGGAUGAUGAUUGA